AUGUAUGUACCAGAACAUAUAACAGCAACUGGCGAUGAGCUCAGAUACAACAAUUCGAAUUCAAACAAUAAAAGGGCUACGGCUCGACUUUCUUUGAUUGAACAAAUGGAAGUUCCUGAUAGAAUAACUAUAACAGGAGGGGAUUCAUAUGGAAGAAUAACUGAAGAUUAUCAACGAGGAGCUAGAUUUCCAACUGAAUAUAAUGAAGCAUUGAAAGAUGUUCCAAAUAUUCUUACUGUUGCUGAUACAACAUAUCCAGAAAUACAGGAUAAUCAAGGAAGAACAGAAACCGCACGAACUGAUAAUUCGAUGGUUGUUGAUGAAGAUCCAUUGAGAGAAUUAAAAACACUAAGAAGACAAAUGGGUCGACUUAAUGCUCGUGUUUUUUAUCUUGAAGAUCAAAAUGAAAAACGAAAAAAUCGAGAAAAUAUGCUUUUCCUCGCUUUUCUUGGUGUCGCUCUAACUGCAGUCUGGUCACUUUUCAAACAUUAA